AAGACGUACACAUUCAUGUGUGAGUGACUUCUAUGCGUGCACCUGAUUCAACAGCUAUAUUCACGGUCGGCAUCAUGCCCUACUUGAAAUCUACCAUGUCGAGGCCCCUGGCCGAAGACGCGGAUUGCCGGCAGGAGGUACCCAAAGAUGAUGUAAUUACGUUGCUAGAUGAACUUGCAAGACAACACCCUCAUCGCGAUGCCGUGGUCUCGCAGCAUCAAGGCCUCCUCGGCAUUGGCACUGUUCGAUGGUCCUUUGCUCAAUUGCAAGAAGGCAGUAUGAAACUGGCAGCGUGCAUGGCUGCAGCCGGAAUCGAGUGUGGUGCCCGAGUUGCUGCCUUUAUGCUGAAUGAGGUUGAAUGGGCUCUUGCCUUCCUUGCAACGGUCAAAUUGGGAGCCCAGUUCGUCCCUUUGGAUCCCCGUGUACUUGCCCGGGAAGAUGAUGCGCGUUUCAUCCUGGACAAAGUCCACGCGCGGCACAUCUUCGUAUCCAAUAAGGAUAUGUCGAAUGCGGUUGACAAGAUUUUUGCCCAAAAUCUUGAUCAGCUGAUGUUCAAGUGUGUCGUAUCGGUUCCUAAUGGCACUGAUCUCGGGCCAGGAUGGACCACCCUGCCACAGGUGAUGGAAACUGUGCCCAAAUCAUCGCCCCCUAAUGUGUCUCUGAAUGCGAACGAUGUCAUCUUGUUGCUAUGCACUAGCGGCACCACCUCUCGCCCCAAAGUCUGUCCUCACACAUCGACCACCAUCACGACUCCCGCACUUGCGUUGGCAGAUCAUUGGGAUAUCACGCCGGAUCAAGCUCUUUGUCAACAUCUACCUUCCUUCCAUGUUUUUAGUGUGGUGAUGACUUUGGCUUUCUGGCUUUCUGGGGCCACUGUGAUCUUUCCCAGUCCCACAUUCGAUCCCGCAGCGUCUUUCGACGCGAUCAGGUCCAAUUCAAGAACCCACGUGCCAUGUGUCCCGUCUAUGGCGCAAGCCAUGAAGGUCUAUGCAGCAUCCCAAGAGCAUCUCUCGGCUGUUCCGUAUCAUAUCAUUCUCGGCGGAGCUUCUAUCGCCCCAGAGGUGGUGGAGAUAUCCAGGUCCUUGGGAGCACAGCGAGUAACCGCCGGGUACGGUAUGACUGAAGGGGUGGCAACACUAAUUAACCCAAUUCAUUCCACUACCUCGUAUAUGACAGACGGUAAUGUGUGCCUUGGGAGGGCUAUCGCGGCCGCUAGAAUGCGUAUUUGCCGGCCCGGAAGCAGGGAAAUCGUUCACCGCGGGGAGAUUGGCGAGCUACAUCAAGGAGGCCCUCCGAUCAUCUCAGGCUACUUAAAUGCCAGCCCCAAGGACAAUGACUGCUUAUACAACACCGAUGGUGUUGACUGGUGUGCCACCGGAGAUCAGGGCUACAUGGACGAACAGGGUCGAGUGUACUUGCUCGGAAGGUAUAAGGAUCUCAUCAUCCGUGGUGGGGAGAAUAUUUCUCCGACGAAGAUCGAGUCUUGUUUGCUCAAGCUACCCCACAUCUCGGUCGCUUAUGCUGUUGGCAUCCCCGACCCCGUUGCAGGGGAGGUGCCCAUUGCUAUAGUCCAAAGUAAGGAGAUCAAUGUAAUGUCAGCCUCUGACAUCCAGUUCAUGGUGGCUGCAGAACUAGGGCGCUCAUUUGCCCCUACGAUGGUUCUAGAUCUGAGACAUGAUCUUGGCAAGGAUAACUUUCCUACCACGACAUCUGGAAAGAUUCAGAAGUCAACUCUUCGAGAAUGGGUCAUCGAGCAUCUCAAUCAAGUGGCUAUCAAUGGACUGGAAUCUGGUAAUAUCUUGUCUGAGCUGACAGCAUGUUGGUCUGCCGUGUCUGGCCUUACCACAAAGGAGAUUGACCCAGACCGGCCAAUUCGCUCCUUCACCGACAGCACGAUGAUUAUUCAGUUUCUUCAUAUUGCGAGUCAGAAAGGGUGGAAAUUUACGUUCAAGUCUCUCACCAUUCACAACACUAUCCGCCAGCAGGCUCAGCUCAUCGAUGAAACAGAUAUGAAGCCCCGCCUGGAUGUGGAUGAACGUCUGUCCACACAGAUGUCCGUCAAGGACGCUUACAAGGAGCCCAUAAUUGCUAAACUUCAAGAACUUGGCUUGACAUGGGACGAUGUGGAGACUGUUAUUCCCAUGACCGAUUAUGCCAGCAACUUUUCUCGCGAUAAAUCCAGACCGACCGCGUGGAACUUCCGUCUAAACUGGUCAGUGGAGAAUUCUAUGACUGAGCCACAGCUGCUCUCCGUUGUAGAUUCCUGGUUCGCCCGACACCCCCUGCUGCGCUGCACUUCGAUGGUAUGCAACAACGAUCUCGAGGUCUUCGUGGUCAUGCGACAUCAUUCGCGAUGGCUUAAACACCAUAUCAUUCACGGCGGUGAUGUCGAGGACAUGGAAGCUGUGAUCUGCUACCGACUCGGCGACCCCGACUACGACUAUGUGAAUGGUACAGGCCCACUCUUUAAGAUUUCCAUCGUCAAGGCCCAAACACCCGCUGCCUAUGGUUUCGUGAUGCAUAUCCAUCAUUGUCUGUAUGAUGCCUUGUCAUUGAUCCGAUGGAUCCAAGAUUUGAAAGCCCUCUUGGACCAGAAAGGGGACUUUUCUCUGCAGUUUCAUGAUUAUGAAGAAUUCGCUACACAGUACUACGAAUACCGUGGUUCCAAGUCUGCGAAAGAAGGAGUUGAUUUCCAAGUCUCUCGACUAAGGGGCAUCUCUUCUGUCCCCAAUACCCUGUGGCCUCCAAAUGUAUCGAUAAGCAAGGAAGCAUCCUGUGAUACUCAGGAACCUGCGGAUCUGGCACUGAAAUCUGUGGAUAAGGCUUGUGGGCUGCAGGGGACCAAUUGCUACAUACGCCUACCCCAACUUGCGGCCAUGCAGUCCCAAUUCGCUAUAACUGCACCCAUAAUAGCCAUCACUGCAUGUGCACUGGUAAAUAUCCGGCAAACCAAGGCAGCUGAAGCAGUUUUCACCAACCUUUUGUCUGGCAGAACCUGGCCGCUCGCCGACGACGCUCAAAAUAGCCACCGAGGCAACAUGUUAGAAGUUGACGGCCCAACCAUGACCUAUACUGUCAGCCGUAUUCGGGUCCAAGAAGCGGAGACUGCUGUUCAACUUUUGCAACGUGUCCAGAAUGAGCAAGAUCAACUCACAAUUUACGCGCACACUCCACUCAACCACAUCCACCGGAACCUUAGAGAGCUAGACGGCGAGCAGGGUGCUGCAGACGUAUCUUUCAUAGAUACCAUCUAUCGCCGACAGAGUUUCGAUUGGCUUCUCGAACAGUACAGCGAAAAGGAGACCGAUACAAUGAAGCUCAUUCACGAUGAUAGUCGGAGCAAUCUGGGUUUUGUGUGGUUCCCUUUCCUCAGAGAUGGUAACCUGCUACAUUUGAACGUCACAUACGACUAUACCCUUCUUACACCCAGUGAAGUGCAUCAAGUGACAGCUGAAUUUAUGUGCGCUGCUGCCUGGCUUUCGGAUCCUGCCAACGCGCAUAAAUCUCUUUCAGAAUGUCAAUUUUCUGGAUACGAGGUGGCGUAUCAACUACCAUCUUGAUGAUUAUGCUCAAGCUGAAACAUCGGGAAGGACAUUUGAGCAAUGUGCAGAGUGGAGCGAAGGCCCCUUGAAAUGAAAUAUCGCGAAACGGCCUUUGUAUCUGUGUAUAUAUGUGGCCCGAGGUGAAGUCUUAUCUUUUCUGCUUUUAACCCCGUGCGAGACUUUCGGAAAUAUUUAGGUAUAGUCUUUUAAUGCGAAAACAAAGAAUGAAGAAAAGCGAU